AUGACCACACACAGAAAGAAGUUUAUCGCCGUAAUAGAUAAGGCAAUGGCUGAUGGUGAAACGAUGGCACCUGAAGAGCUAGUGUUUUCUUACAAGGGGGUUUUGUAUCCAAGUACUGUUUGCAGCCUUGAGACCUUCAAAGCUCUCGAGUCCUUUGAAGCAAGGAGUGACGACGUGUUCCUAGUAGGAUACCCCAAGUCUGGUACAAACUGGGUUGGUCAGAUCCUAACAGAUUUAGUGCUAACAUCUGCAAAGAGUAACGAAGACACAAGUAACCUGGAUAAUGAAGAACUGGAAGAAUUUCCCUAUCUUGAAGUUGGAGAUCCAGAGAAGUACCAGAGGAUGGCAGAUUUACCCUCUCGAAGAGUCAUAUUUACCCACCUCACUCCUCAAAAUCUUCCUGCAUCUGUCUUCAAGAACAAAGCCAAGAUACUGCUGCUCAUUAGAAAUCCAAAAGAUGUGGCCACCUCAUUUUACCAUUUUAUCAAUCGGUUAUCUCCUCUUCCCUCUUACAAUACCUGGGAUGACUUCUUUACAGCUUUUAUGAAUGGACAAAUGGUCUGGGGCUCUUAUUUUGACUUUGUUUUUGAAUGGAAUAAGCAUGCUGAUGACGCAAAUGUCAUGGCAAUCACAUAUGAGGAGCUGAAGGAGAAUAGACCUUUGGGAGUGAAACGGAUAAGUGAAUUCUUUGACUUGCAGCUAACUGAUGACAAGAUUCAAGGGGUUGUGGACAGAAGCAGUUUCAAAGCUAUGAAGGAAAACGCUGGAAAAACCCAUGGCGCAUUUGGUGAUAUUCUUUUCCGCAAAGGUGGCGUUAGUGACUGGAAGAAUCAUUUCAGUGAAGAGCACAACCAAAAAAUGGAUGCAACAUUUGAAGAACGCUUGGGUGGAACAGAAUUGGGAGGAAAGUUAAAAUAUGAGGUGUAUUGCAAGGCUUGAAGUCUUGACCCAGGACUCCCUCAAUCCUAGAGCUAACCUUGUUUAAACU